AAAUUUUAGUUUCGUUUUCAUAAUAUUUUACCCAUCAUCGGUGCCAUCUCCGACUAUUACCGUCGAAUCCCAGAAUAUCCCCUAAAAUUUUCAUGAAGUAUUUUCUUCAAAACGAAAUUAAGGGCUUCUAUUAGAAAGUUCUUUUUUGCUCAGAAAAUGUAUACUAUUCGAUAGUCGCCAAUUUUCUUGUCAAAAAUCCGUUGAACCGUCAGUAACUAAAUCCAUCUUUAAUUUUUUUUUCAUCAUCCCAAUGAUUUUUAUUUAUAUUUAACAACUGCUUUGAAAUGAAAUGCUAUUCAGCUCGAUAUUGCACGGCAAUUUUGCUUUCCCUUGGUCUUGCAAUAGUAUAUGGACUCAAAGUGAAUUACCAUGUAGCAGUAGUGGCUAUGGUGAACCAUACUGCUUUAGCAAUACUAGAUGGAAAAAACGUUACUGAAGAAGAAAGCGGCGAAGAUGGCCCAUUUGAAUGGAGUCAUUUCAUUCAAGGAAUCCAACUCAGCGCUUAUUUCUGGGGUUACAUGAUAUCAGAAAUACCAGGAGGAAGAGUUGCUGAAGUCUACAGUGCCAAAUGGACUAUGUUCGUAGCAGUUGGCGUCAACGUAGUUUUCACUUUGCUAGUCCCUUUGCUGUCUUCAAUAUCUGCCUAUGCUAUUGUCGUAAUGCGAGUAAUGGUAGGCUUGGCUGGUGGAAUAUCUUUUCCUGGGACUCACGUACUCUUAGCUCGGUGGUCGCCUCCCAAAGAGAGGAGUCUAAUGAGUUCAAUCGCUUAUUGCGGUACUGCCGCAGGCACUGUUAUUUUCACCUUGAUAAGCGGGCCUAUAGCUAAUGGACUGGGGUGGCAAUUUAUUUUUUAUAUUGAAGGGGGAAUAAGUGCCUUGUGGCUCAUAGUAUGGUCUAUUUUGGGAGCAGAUUUUCCUGAAAAACAGAGAUUUAUGUCCGCUGAAGAGAAGGAAUUUAUGGUUAAUGCAUUCAAAGAGGAAGGAGGUGGAGGAGAGCAUGGAACUUUGAAAGUGCCAUGGAAAGCUGUAUUCAGUUCAGCUCCUUUCUGGGCAAUCAUUAUUGCGCAUCUCUGUUCAAAUUGGGGAUGGUACAUGGUUCUGACAGAACUGCCAACUUACAUGAAGAAUGUACUAAAUUUCAAGAUCAAGGAGAAUGCAUUGCUCAGUGCCUUACCUUAUUUUUGCAUGUUCAUUUUCAGCUUAACCCUUGGAAAAUGUAUCGAUAUUUUGAGAAGCAAAGAACUCAUUUCAACGACAGUUGGUAGGAAAAUAGCGACAGGUAUAGCAAGCAUUGUUCCUGGAUUUUGUUUCGCUGCCCUUUGCUUUAUAACGGAACCCAUCGUAGCUGUUAUAUUGAUGACAGUAUCAAUAACAGGUAUUGGUGGCAUGUACUGUGGUUUUCUAUCAAACCACAUUGACUUAUCGCCAAAUUUUGCUGGAACUCUGAUGGCGAUAACCAAUACGAUAGCUUCUAUUCCAGGAAUACUGGUCCCUUUAUUUGUUGGAUGGCUGUGCGAGGAAGAUUCGAGUAUUUCUUCAUGGAGGAUUGUAUUUUAUGUGACCAUUGUCCUGUACAUAAUAGAAGUUAUUGUUUAUUUGAUAUUGGGUUCUGGUGAUGAACAACCCUGGAAUAGAGCAGCAUAAUAAAAAAUUUUUAAUCCAAUAAAAAUAUUAUUAAACUA